UCUUUCGACAGUUUCUCUUACACUUGCAACUAACAUUGGCCCAGAGAGGUUUGUCGUACGCGAAUGGUUUAGAGCGCUAUGUCAGAUCGAGACCAUUUCUCGCGAUUUGACAGUGUCUCGGAAUUCCACCGGGAAAUUCCAGCCGAUUCGGACGAUCAGAAAUCGAAUCCGAUGCAUACCAAGCAGGAGAAGGACGACAUAGAAGUCAAAGACCCCUUAUUAAAAGGUUUCCACGCAAAGAGAAAACGGGAAGAAGAAGAAACUUCAACAGAAGAGCUUAGCAUCAGCAAACGCCGCCACAGAACGACAUUUACGCAGGCUCAACUUGAUGCUUUGGAAGAAGCAUUUAACCGCUCCCAGUAUCCUGAUGUAUUCACGAGGGAACAGCUUGCAAAGGGAAUCAACUUGAACGAGGCCCGAGUACAGGUCUGGUUUCAAAAUCGGCGGGCGAAACAUCGAAAACAAGAACGCCAACACCCUCGGACGUCGUUCCCGUACCACUCAGGCAUUUAUUAUCCACAUGAAGGACUCUACUCUCCAGCUUCUCAUCUUUACUUUCCAGUCCCUCCCAUGACCUGCCCAGUCAGCUCUUUACCAGGCUCUAAGAAUAUCCUCGAAAGUCAUAGCCCUUCCUCGCGCCCAGUCCGCUCCCCCUGCCGAUCUUGUCCGCCCGGGAGCCUUUGCUGUGGUGCGGGUCCGGCGCCUACUCCCCCUUGGAGUCCAGGCUUUGCACGGCCACUUUCGCCAUCUAAGAGCCCUCUUUAUGAGAAAGAAGGUUCGACGUCUCUCAAUUUGACACGAAAUGAUUGGUCAUCCAAAAGCCUGGCGCUAUUGAGAAUGCGUGCUCAGAGUUAUAGUCACGUGUUUGGUCCAUCAUGUUUCUCCUGAAAAUUUUACGCGCCAAAGGCUUGUUGAUAAGCCAAGGACCUUGGCCUGAGAUGGAAAUUCAUCGUGAGGCAAUGACUAGUAAACGCGUGACGCUCAACAUCAGAGAGAACUGAUCUGCAAGAAUACCUUAAAAAGACUCGUUUUGACAACGUGAGAUGUAACAGUUGUAACGGAUGGUUUAAUGAAUUUCCGUUUAACGUUAGCUGU